AUGAUAUUGCAAGCAUUCUCCUGGUUAUUCAUAAGAGAAUUAGAGGAUGAGGAGCUGCCUAAUGUUGUUCAUCGAAACUCUGCCGCAAUUAAGGUUGAUUAUGUUCCUCUCAGAAAAAAGAAAGGAUUCCCCUCAUGUUUCAAGGUUGCCAACAGAGACAAGGAUGAUACUUUUGUGCCCACGCGGAAGAAAAACAGAGAAUAUGAUAACAUAUUAAGUGUAAGGCUAGCUAGGAAGAGAGGGCGGCCAGCGGGCUCCAAACCUGCUAAGAGAAAGAUGGAGCAGAAAAGGGCACGGAAGCCGGCAUUGGUUGAUGAUAUUCAUAACUCGGAUUUGACAGGCGAUACGGAGACAAAGAGAAAGAAAGGUGGGGCAGCGAGUUCCAAGCCUGUUAAGAUAAGGAUGGAGCAGAAAAUGGCACGGAAACCGGCAUUGGUUGAUGACAUUCAUGACUCGGCAUUGACAAGCGAUGCGGAGGCAAAGGUGAAAUUGCCAGGAGAAUUUCCAGCUUCACCAAGCAGGAAGAGAGGCGCGCCAACCGGUUUCAGAUCUGCCAAGAGAAGGAUGGGGAGGAAAAUAGCACGGAAACCAGCAUUGGUUGACGACAUUCUUGGAUCAGAUUUGACAAGCGAUACAGAAGAAGAAAAGGUGAAAUUGCCAGGAGAAUAUCCCAGCUUCACCAAGAGUAUGUUGAAAUCACACGUAGUUAAAGGUUUUUGGCUGGGUCUACCGGGUAGCUUUUGCACGGAGCAUCUUCCAAAGAAGAAUGAUUUAAUCACAUUAGAAGAUGAGCAUGGGGAGAGCUAUGAUACAAAUUACCUACAUAACAGCAAGGCGCUCAGCGCUGGGUGGGGAGGAUUUGCGCGUAAGCAUAAUUUAAGGGUCGGCGAUGAUGUAGUCUUUCGACUCGUCCUAAAGAAAAAAUUCAAGGUGUAUAUACUAAGAGGCGGAGCACCGGGUUUCGACACGCCCAAGGAGAAUAGCAUACAGAACGAAGCAGAAGGUUCCGACCAUGGUGUCAUAUCUAAGGAGCAUCCAAAGGUCAUUAUCACCAAAGACAACAACCCAGCAUCCGGCAACCAUGGCAACAAAAAUGUCAGUGGAGAAGCAGCAGGCAACGACAAAGACGACCCAGGCACCGAUCUCGGCUGCGUGGAGAACUUCAACGUUGUCAUCGACGGUUCGGUCAUCGACCUCCCCGACGACCUGCGCAGGAGGUACUACGGGAUCUGCUGCGCCCGGAAGGCGGUCCUCCACAGGAACUUGUUCGAGACAAACGAUAAGUUGGCUACCAGGGUGAUCAUGGAGACCAGCAACAUCGCGGAGUGCGUCAUGGCCCCCUUGCUUGCUGCUGCUUCUUCUUCAUCUCAUGAGGACCUCACGGUGUGGAAGAAGACGCUCGAAUUCUUGGAGCUCCUGGGAAUGGACGUGGCAUUCCUGUGCAGACGCGUUGACGACCUUCUCGCCAUCCAUGCUGCUCGGUCAUCGACAGUUCGAGUUUACAGCCGCCGCCGGUGUAGAAACUGA